AUGUCUGGUCUUAUGCGGACAUCAUCUAGGUCCGAAAGCGAGAAUCACUUUUUUGGCAAGAUUAGCAAUCCAAAGUGCACGUUGGUUGAAUUUCUUAGCCACUUCGAUACAGCUAUCGAAGCGCAAAGACACGCGCAUCGAAAAAACGAUCAUGACACUCGAUACACCAACCCUGCGGAGUGGAGUGAUUUUGUUCUCGAGAAGCAAGUAUUUCAGAAAUAUACGAGAACUAUAUUUUUUGAUGUUCAACUUGAGAUUCAACAUGCUAUUCAUCGUUGUACUAAUGUCAGAUUAGAUCAUGUCGGUGAUUUCAUUAAGUUUUUUAUAAAGGAUCUCGAUCAGCCAUGUUCUUCGUUCUUUGAGGUUAUGAUACGCGAGGAGGAUGUUACUGUUAAGUGUAACUGCAACAGGUUUGAGCAGUUUGGAUUGUUGUGUAGUCACAUUUUUUGUGUGUUACGGAUUCUUGAUGUAAGGGAGUUUCCGAAACAAUAUAUAUUGAGGCGUUGGACGCGUGAAGCUAUUCCAAAUAGUUCCCCCGGGUCCAUUCUUACGGAUGGUGGAGAUCCAGAUCGUAGUGAGGAGGUUAACCUUUGUGUUCGUGAGAUUAGUCACGCAACUGAGUAUGUUGUAAACAAGUUGAUUUCAGAAUUUGAUCAGUUGUGUAAUUUUCGUGAUCAUAUCAAGCAGUUUAUGUCAGUCGCUGAUGAAGCUCAGAUAAAUCCACCUCCUAAGACACGACGUAAUCGAUUUGUUGAACUGCUGGGAGUUGCUCCAGAGAGCACGGCCACUAUCUGUGUUCUAGUUGGUACUACGUUCAAGGGUUGUGGUUUUCAUAAACGCCUCAAAUCUCAAAAGGAGCGAGCCAUAAGUCAGUUUGGAAGCGCUUCGCGGAAUGCUGAAGGUAAUGACGCUACAAUUGGUGAAGGUGACCAUGCGACAGUUGUAGAAGGUGAUGGUCCUGAAUCAAACGAUGCGGAUGAUGUGUUUUACACAUCUGGAAAUGAUGCAGAUAUGGAUGAUGAAGACAUGGCAGAGUAG